AUGGCCAGGACGGUGCUGCUCCCCGUGCUCCUCUCCUUCCUCCUCCUGCCGCUGGCCUCCCUCGCGCUGACGCAAGACUUCUGCGUCGCCGACCUGACCUGCAGCGACACGCCGGCCGGGUACCCGUGCAAGUCCAGCGUCACCGCCAACGACUUCUACUACCACGGCCUGGCCGGGAAGGGCAAAAUCAACCCGCUCAUCAAGGCCGCCGUGACGCCGGCCUUCGUCGGCCAGUUCCCGGGCGUCAACGGGCUCGGCAUCUCCGCGGCCAGGCUCGACAUCGAGGUGGGCGGCGUGGUGCCGCUGCACACCCACCCCGCGGGCUCCGAGCUCCUCUUCGUGACCCAGGGCACCGUCGCCGCCGGCUUCAUCAGCUCCGGUUCCAACACCGUCUACACCAAGACGCUGUACGCCGGCGACAUCAUGGUGUUCCCGCAGGGCCUGCUCCACUACCAGUACAACGCCGGCACCGGCCCCGCCAUCGGCCUCGUCGCCUUCAGCAGCUCCAACCCCGGCCUGCAGAUCACCGACUUUGCGCUCUUUGCCAACAACCUCCCAUCCGCCGUCGUGGAGAAGGUCACGUUCUUGGACGAUGCGCAGGUGAAGAAGCUCAAGAGCGUGCUCGGUGGCAGCGGUUAA